AUGAAGACGACAGCGCCUCAGAGGAGAUGCCUCGUUAUCUCCCGCCCCGACGACACCCUCAGCAGUGUGCAGCGAGACGCAGAAGUGCUGCAGAAGGCGGCACUCGAGUCGGGAGUUUUCGACCAGGUGCUAUGCAGCGAUGCCACGGUUUCCGACAUACGGUCUCAAAUCACAGUAGCCUUGGAGACACUGCCGAGUGAAUCCCUUCUUCUCGUAUACUACGCUGGGCAUGGAUUUCGGGCACCAGGUGUUACCCUUGUCGUUCCUGAAGAUGCAGAAGAUUGGUCCGAGUCUCUUUCACUCGAGCACGAGCUGGCGAGCCAGGUUGCUUCAUUCAAGCGAACGAGAUCUUAUCUGACUGUAUGCUGCAUUUACGGCACAUGCCGCAGCUGGAAGACCAGCAUCCUCUCCAAGGGAGGGUUGCUCAGACCGCCAGAACAGCCGCGCAUCGAAUGCUGUGAAACGGACGCUUUUCUUACGAUCUUUCUCGAUCCCGUGCAUCCUCAGCACACGACGCGCCGCGACUAUUCAAUGGUUGGUGCCGCUGCCCAUCUUCUGUGCUCUCACACCGACAGCUUGCAGUCCUACUUCCUCAUGCUUAAGGAUGAAAUUCGGUAUAUUUCACUGGGCCACCUGGAGCCGGAGUUGUUCAACGGCGACAUCUUGAACAUAAGAUCAGUUAGUAUGCACAGAGGUUCUGCCAUGCCGACUUUCCAGCCGAUCAUGGUAGAUUCUGUGCUGGACAGCUUUGUGCAUGCUCCCUUGCUUCGAGAGCACAUGUUUGGCUUGAUGCGAAACGAGCUGAACGAGGGGUAUUGCGAGACUCGCAAGGCCAUCGUCCAGGUGGUCGAAGCUGCUUCGCACAGCCUGGGAGAUCUUUCUUGGAUGGCCAGCAUGCAGGUCCAGCUGCAAAGCUUGCGGCAAAGCCGGUUGGUUGAUGUUGCUCGAAUGCUCGAAGACUGGGCGAAAGCCGCCUACCGCUUGCCUUCGAAGCCACAAGCGGCGCUGCACACAGUCCCUUGCCAAUCGCUGGAAUGCAUCAUUGCUGCUCUCCAAGACGAACGGGGCAUGCAGGCGGACACGACUGAAAUCCCCAGUUGCAUCUCGAAGCUGCUUGGUCUCCUCGACAAGACCCCUUUCCGGCGGGAAAUCUUGGCAAGAGAUCUUUUGGGAGACGGUCCUGGACUUGAUUGGGAGUAUGUGCGCAUUCCCGGCCAAGAGCCGGAUGCGCUGAGCGCCGAGGAGAAGUCGGCUUUUACGCAGAGAGUUCAAGACCUACUCUCACUGCUCGCGUCCACGAAAGUUCAGCCUGCUUCGCGGAUUCUUCUCGCACGUGGAAGUAUUUGGCUCAUGAUUGGCUCCCGUUUGUCAGAUUCUGACAUGCGGCUGUUCGAGCGAAACCUGCAGGAAUACAUCCUGGACCGCAAGGCCAAGUCAUCCGGCUGGACCUUUGCACGUCCACCGCAGUUCAGGCCGUUCGCGAUGGUGCCCCUUGGGACGAGCAACCUGGUCAUGUUGGCUGGUGCUUUUCUGGCCAAGACUGCUCCAAGCCACGAAGCUUGCUGGCUUCACGUGGCAGGAUUCAAAGAGCUCGUCAGGAAUUGGAUAGAUCAAGUAGGGUUCAACGAUGGCACACAAUCGAGCGACUGGCGCGUCCAGCUCUUGCGCCUUGGGCGUCCUCUGGACGACGACGAGUGGCUCCAGUCCACAUCCAAUCUACGAAUCGUUGCAGAGCCUACUUGGACGACAUUGCGAGGGGAUGCAAGCUUAGAAGGCCUACUACAGGUGCUACAAGAGCUCUCCAAGAGGGAAGUGGAUGGAGUGCAGUGGGUGACAACACAGAGCUUCGAGCAUUUGGUUUCGACGAGCUUGUCUUUAGUGUUCACUGCGAAGUUUCUGCACGAGCCGCUGUGCGAGAUACUGCAAGGUGAGAGGGCUCGAGAAUGCCGUGAACCUCGUAGCCUGCACGAGCUUCUCUGGAAGGAGCUGCUCAGGCGUUGUGCAACUUUUCCUUUCGAAGAAGACGAGCCUGCACCUCCGGUGGGCGCUGGGUAUGCAGAACCCUCUCCACAACCGAGCACCUCUACACAACCGAGUCACUCUGCAGGCCCGGUAUGGGAUGAAGUCACUACGCUCGUCCUGGAACAGCUAUCGCGCUUUGCAGCCUCAAGAGAAUGCUUCUUGAAACUUUUGGAAGUGAAAGGGUUCUUCCACGCUGAAGCUUACCCAGAACUUGUCGAAGUCGUGCGUGGCUUAUCGCAACCUGUGGCCACAAGAGGCUCUCCAAGCAACGAAAUCGACGACGAGAUUGAUCAAGAACUGUCGCAAACACUGUCAAAGUUGUCUGAUGACAUUGGCACUGUCGGUGUUGAGCAGGCGAUUUGCAGGUUUAUCGAAGAAUGGAACUAG